UCCAGUGAAACUACUUAUCUGUAGUAGGAUAUUUCUCUGAAGGGAAAUGCACAGUAUCAAUACUGUGUAUUGCUGUCAUAUAUUGCUAAGGCAUUUUAACAGCUAACAGCUCCACAUCAUCUUCCCUCAUCAGAUCCACACCCAAAGAAGACUUCACAGCCAAAAAGUUGUGUUUUUCUUCUCUUUUCAGCAAGGCCAUUGAAGUGUACUGACAUGGACAAACUACUUUCUGCAAUGAGAGCCUAGGAAUGUUUUAAGUGGAAUUGACUGUCUUAGUAGAAGGCCCUCAAUAUAAAGUAAAAAGGAAAUACAGUACAAACAAAUUCUUCAACGUAAGACUGGGUGUGUUGAACAUAUUGCCUAUAAAACAUUAGAGGGGACGCAUGUGCUGAAGAAUUAAUUUCUUUGCUCUUCAGGAUUCUCCCCUGUGUACAUUUCCCCUUCCAAGGUAGCUUGGGUUUGGUGUGACAAUGACGCUUUUAUUGCUGAACACUCCUGUCUUCUUGGUGGUCUGGAGUACCUGGCUCAUGGUAGGGGGAAACGAUACUGAGUUCUACGAGAAUACUCAACCGAUCAGCAGCGGCCUGAUUCAGUGUGGAGAAUACAGCAACCACGCCCUGCCCAAUGGCAAAUGCCGCAUUGUGGCCACUCUUCCACAACUGGAUGAACAAAGAUGUCCGGACAUGUUCCGCUGCACAGAUGAAGUGUCCUAUUGGCUCCACGAGAACGAGGAGAGGAAGCAACAGAUCCUGGACCUGAAGGAAACAAUCUCAGAGCUACAGGAGGAGCUCAGGAAUCAUAGGCACCGAAUCAAAGUGCUGGAGUUACAGAACGAGGAGAAGAAUGGACUGAACUCCUCCCUGGAGCACAGGUUCCAUGAACUGGACCAGCAUUACACUGAAGCCAACACCCUGCUUCAUAUCCAUGGCUCGCUCAUCUAUGACAUGCAGUCGCAGAUCCACAACCUGUCGCUGCUGGUGGAGAAGGUGCGCCGUAACCCCGGGUGUAUGAUCAACAUUGUCCGGAGUCCUCUCUUCAGCCCCCAGGAGGCCCUGCACCCAGAAAUACAGCGUGUGAGAAACUGCCCCAUAGACUGUGCCUCCAUUUACUACAAUGGUGUGCGCAGGACUGGAAUCUACACUGUGGUGCCGUCUAUGGGAGGAGCUCCAGUUGAAGUCUUCUGUGACAUGAACACUGAAGGUGGGGGAUGGACUGUGAUUCAGAGAAGACAGGACGGCACGGUCAACUUCAAUCGCAGCUGGAAGGAGUACAAAGAGGGCUUUGGUGACUUGCAUACCGAGUUCUGGCUGGGGAACGAUCACAUUCAUGACAUCUCUAGCCAAGGGGAUUACUCCCUGCGCAUUGACCUUGAGGACUGGAACAAUAAGCACAAGCACGCGCUGUACGAGAGCUUCAGUAUUGAGGAGGAAGUCAACCACUAUCGUCUGCAUGUCAGUGGUUUCAGUGGGACUGUGGAAGACUCUUUCAGCUGGUACCACAACAAGCGUAGUUUCAGCACCCCGGACACUGGGAACAUCUGUGCUGAAAUAUCCCAUGGGGGCUGGUGGUACCAUCAGUGCUUCUUUUCCAACCUCAAUGGGGUUUAUUACAAGGUAAAACAGCUGACCAGAUACAAACGUCAAUAUAGCAAAACUUGCUCUCCUUUGCCUGUGUAAAACAGAACCCUUCAAAGAGCAUCUUGUCACAGGAAAUAGCAUGAAAGGAAAUAGCCAACACACAAUGAUGAACAUAAAUAAAGCCCUUUUUGUGACAGUUCUGAAUAUACAAGGGAAGCCAUAAGUGAAUCACUAAUUUCAGAUUUAUUGAGUAGUAGUAAACCCUGGUGAAGUGGUUUUAUUUCAAGCCCAAAGAUUCUAUCUGAAAAUGUAUUUUUAGAUAGGAAUAUAAUGCAUGUUCCUGGUUGCUUUUUUCUGUCAUUUCCCUCUAUCAUCCUGCUUAAAUGGCUUCAUCAGCUUGAUGCUUAGUUCUUUCAAGAGCAGCUUUCUAUUUAAAUGAGAAUUCUAAACACUUGGAAAGGCUUCAGUAAACCAUU